UCCCUAGCUGCCUCCCCUCCGAGCCCGCUCUGCUGGCAGCUGCCUCUGCUCCCCCCUCACCACCUCUCUCCCUACGAAAAACACUUUCGGGAAAAAUAAGCCCCCCCUCACGGACCUGCCGCUCAACCAGUCUGUACUCGCAGCCAAACCGUGGCCUGAGCAGGAGGAACGGCCCGACUAUGUGGAGAAAGAAGCGGGCUCUUGGGGAACCCCUGGCUUGUCUCCUGUUACUGGUGACGCUGGUCGAUGCUUAUCGGUUCAUGAGCCAGAGCACAGCCUCACAGUUCCUGAGCAGGCACAGGAGGGCCAACUCACUGUUUGAGGAGAGCAAGAAGGGCAACCUGGAGAGGGAGUGCAUCGAGGAGCUUUGCAACAAGGAGGAGGCCAGGGAGAUCUUUGAGAACCAACCGGAGACGGAAUACUUCUACCCUAAAUAUGUUGCGUGUCUGGGUUCACACCGUGUCGGUAUCAACGACCAGAACUCAGAUACCGCCAUCCCCUCAGACCUUCGCACCUGUGUGAAAGAGAUCAGUAACCAGUGCACGCCGUUUCCGUGCUACAAGGAGGGUUCAGAGGGCUGCGUGGACGGCCAGGCUGCCUUCACGUGUGUGUGUAAGCCUGGUUGGAAGGGGCAGCGCUGUGAGGAUGACAUCGAUGAGUGUUCAGAUCCUGAAUUUCCUGCUGGAUGUAACCAAAUAUGUCAGAAUAUCCCAGGUAGUUUCCACUGCAUGUGUGAAGAAGGCUACAUAAUCACUGACAACAUCAACUGCAUGGAUGUCAAUGAAUGCCUGCUGUACCCCAGCAUCUGUGGAGAAAGAGCUGAAUGUGUCAACAUACCAGGCACCUUUGACUGCCAGUGUCCUCUGGGAUUUAAAUACAACUUCACCUCCAGGGCAUGUGUUGAUGUGGAUGAGUGCGAGAUGAAUGUGUGCAAGGGGGUUUGUAUAAACACUAAGGGCAGCUAUUCGUGCCACUGUGAUGGUCGCCAGGGUUUGCGUCUGGCACAGGAUGGGCGGCGCUGUGAGAGAAUCCCCGUCUGCGUAGAUCUGUUUGAAGUUAGACACCCUGAGAUGCUUUACCUGGGAGAGCAGUUCGCAGGCCUUCCUGUCAUCUAUCUGCGCUUCCGUCUGCCGGAGAACACAAAGUUUGCAGCUGAGUUUGACUUGCGUACAUUUGACCCAGAGGGAGUCGUUCUGUAUGCAGAGUCUUCCCAGGGCUCGUGGUUCAUGUUGGGACUCAGGGGCGGUCGCAUUGAAAUCCAGUUUAAAAACCAGCACACGUUUAAGGUUACCAGCGGAGGAAAAGCAGUCAAUGAUGGACAAUGGCAUGUGAUCUCUGUGGACGAGCUGGAGAGCAGCAUCAGUGUGAAGAUCAGCAAGGAAGCUGUGAUGAGCAUUAACACCCCCGAGAGUCUUUUUACUUCAGUCAAUGGCAAACUGGAGACCAAAGUCUACAUCGCUGGCCUGCCUAACCGCACUGACAACGUCAUCAAGCCUAUCAACCCUCGACUGGAUGGCUGCAUCCGGGGCUGGAACUUGAUGAAUCAGGGGGCGUCUGGGGUGAAGGAGGUCAUCCAGCAGAAGACAAGUAAACACUGUUUCGUGCAUGUAGAACGAGGAUCUUUCUUCACCGGGGCAGGACUGGCACACUUCAACAUAGACUACACAGGUGAUUCUGGGAGCUGGAAAAUGGAUAUAAAGAUGAACAUUCGUCCAUCCAGCAGCACAGGUGUCCUCUUUGCUCUUGUCCACAACAAUGCAGUCCCCCUGUCAGUCGCUGUUGUAACAAAGGGAGACGAUGUUGCUAACUUGCAGGUGUUCCUGCACGGUGCCGCGGUGGCCACGCUGGACACGCUGUUGCUGUGUUACCCCGAGCGGCUGAUGGUGCAGCUGAACAUGACUCCCACAGAUAUCCAGAUCUCAGCCGACGACUCCACUGUUACUUACAUGGAGCCUAACGCGCUGCAGAAGGAGUUGGAGCGCCUCAACAGCACCAUGCAAAACCCCGUCAGCACAUAUAUUGGUGGAAUACCUGAAGACAUCCCGUUCCCUGCCACCCCUGUGACGGCCUUUUACCACGGGUGCAUGGACAUCAGUAUCAACGGCCAGCAGCUGGACUUUGAUGAAGCUCUCAGCAAACAUAACAGCAUUAAGUCCCACUCGUGUCCUCCUGUCUCUGCCCCUGAGAUUCACCUUGAUUCAGAACACACUGAAAGUGACCCUAAUUAACAACCACCUUGCAUUAAAAAAAACCCCUUAAAUUAGCCAAUGUCUCACAGGGGCCACUUUUUGGGAUAUUUUGGAAAGAGAAUCUAGAAGAGGAGAUGGAGGUAGAGAGUGUUUUUAAGCUUUUCAUACCUACAGUGUUAUUGUUUGUACCCUAUUUUGUUCUGGUUUUACUUUAGUGAGUCACAACCAAGGCUGGCCUGCCAGCGAGCUAAUCGGAAGCUGGAUGACAGUUGUAGCAGUUUGUUGCAGUAAGAUAAAUGUUUUCCAAAAAAGUGGAAACAAAAGAAAAGGAGCUGAGCUCUGCAACGUGCAUGCCACGUGUUGAGCAACAGAUGGUUAUGUUUGUGUAGGAAAAAUAAAGAAACGGUCACUGCUGACCAGGCUGUGAAACCACCUGCAUCUUCAUCCCUGCUGCUGAAUCAUGGUACGAUCUCUAAAUUGUUUGGAGACAACUAGUUGUGGGAGGAGAAGCCACAGAGGAGAUAGCUGAGCCUUCAGGUGUUCCUAUCCAAUUCUGCUUCAUCUUUUUUUGUUUAAAGCACCAUCUGGAGCUCUGCCUUUCUGAGAUAUGGUUUACACCUGUCAUAAUUACAGCUUUUAUUCUGCUGUAUCUGUCCUCAUCUUCAGGGCUCUCCUGGUUGGAAUUUGUCCAGAAUUCAUGUUGUAUAUAAAACAUGCCAUCUUUAAUAUAUAACUUAAAUGUAGUUGUUUGGUGUUGUGUUUGUUGUUUGUUUUAAUAAAACUGUUAUCAAAGCUGCCUCAU